UCAGGUGUAAAAGAAUGUGUUUGCAAUGAAUCUCAAGUUGAAAUCGGUGGCCUUCGUACCUGAAAUUUUAUCUCAGGUUAAAGCGUCAACCUGAAACUUUUUAAAACAAGACCACAAAAGGACCACUAACCCAAGCCCCGCAAUAACCCGACAAAACAGUUUUAUUAUUAUUACUUUACAAAGAAAACUUCUCUCAAACUGGCCUGACAGUAUCCCGAACAUAACCCAGGAGGCAGACGCGACUGUAGCUGUAAUGAAACCUAUCCCAAAUCGAAGUGGAAAAUGAUGGAGGGUAAAACUAGACGAAUAUGGCAUCGGUUGUGGUCACUCCGGUAAUGGCCUUGCGUCCGCAGUGGCAAGAGAGAGGGAGAGAGGGAGAGAUGCAGGGAGGAGGGAGACAGGGCAAUAAGACUUGGAUGGAUAAAACCCACAGGAAGUGUAUGAGACCAUCCAUCGCGGCAUGCAAUGGCGGGCGAUUGGUAGGGGAGCGAGUCGAUGCAGUUAUGUUAGUGGAGUCCGGAUGGCGUGGUGUCUGUAUGCUUUUAUUACGAUUGGAUGUUACUGAGUGCAGCAGGAAGCUUCAUUAGGCCAUGCUGCAGCUCGGCGGUCCGUUAGAAAAAAAAAAAAAAGUCCAACGGUUUCAGCAAACGCACUCAGGCAGAGAUCUAGUCAGAUAAAUCUUUACGGGGGGACGAGCACCGUUAUUUUCGCUGGACUCUACACAUCCUCUACUCUCCCUCCCCCUCCCCUUCUUUCAAUAUGAACCUCCCUGUAGUAGUUUUUUGCUCGGCCCCUGCAAGUUCCCCGACACGGGGACUGUCAGUCAAAGCGAGGCUGGCCCAGCCACGAGAUCGCUAACUGUACGCCGGUCGUCUGCUGACAAAGACCGGGAGGGGGAGGGUUGUGGGGAGAGAACCGUGCGAUUGGCUCGAUGUGUACACGUGCGAGGUGGCAUCUCCCCCUUACCCCUCUCUCCUUCCUUCCUUUACUCACCCAUCUCAUGCAACACCGCAAACCUCGGGUACCCCGCCCUUCCAUCAACCACCACCUCCAUCCCUCCUGGCCAACUUAUCACUGGAUCCUCUUUUGUCUGUUAUAAUUGCCGGCACAUCAUUGCUAAGGUGAACCACGACACUCUAUGCCUUUCUGCUGAGGCCGACUAUAACUUCUUGCUUUGGGAUUUUAAUUGGAGCUACUAGCAGCAGUCGGCGUAUGGGCCACUGGAGUUUUAACUUUAAUUUAGCAUUUUAUGUCCUGCGUGCUCACUAAAGCGAUAAACUUUAUACCAAAACCGUCAUAAACGAUCGAGAUUCUUGCCCAAAAAAAUUUUUUUUUUUUUUAAUUUAUAAACGCAAAGUUUGGAAUUUAAAAAAAAAUCAUCAUCGGGGUACAACGAUUGUGAUUUAUCCUACUUUACUACUCGACCGUGAAAUGAGUUCAACGGUCCGUUUUGCCGGAUUACUUGUGAACUUUGAGCUCCAGGGAUUCAGGAAUCUUGAUUUUUAGCAAGUUUAUCACCGAUUUUUUUUAUUUCUCCUUCUGAAGAAGAAAGACAGCAGAAAGGGUUUCUGUACUGGAUUGUGUGCUGUUGAUUUGUCACCUGUCAACACAAUGAUUUUUUUAUUUAUGGCUGGCACACACACACGGUGUUACAGCCACUCGGGGCUGUCGCUCUUUCUGACGGGCACUGUCAUCUUUUGAUAUCAAAAACCAACUUACGACAGGACACCUAGGCUGGACAUCUUAGGAAUCAAAAUGUUUGAGGUUUUAGGUUAGGUCUGUGCUUUAAAAGGAAAGAAAAAAAAAAGAAAAGAAAAGAAAAUACUGUUAGAGAGACCUACCUGGGAGUCAAAGGAAAAGGAAGCUGGUAUACAACAUGUUGUUGUAGAUGGUGUCAGCACCGUGGCAAUACUUGCUUUCUUGGACUUAUUCCUUCAAAUGUUUGGUGUUCUGGUAUUCCAUUUCUUUGAUUUCUACCUAAAUUGUACACGAGUUUUAUGAAGACCUGCUUGGAUGUGGACGUCAAUUUGUCAUCUGCCUCAGGUCCCACACCUUCCAACAUCAUUGUUCUCCUGCUGCAGAUCACCGAGAUGACCAUCUGAAACAAGUGAGACACUAUCCUUGCAAGAAACUUGUUAACUUAAUGAGGUCGCGAGGUCAACUAAGUACCCAGUACUCCUUUGUGGCAUAUUCCGAAAAACUCUUUGCUGACACAACAACUCUGAGGAUAGAAACGAAACAGGAUACUACAGUGCUAGAGUUGUCCCCCUCACACUUUCCUUGUGGACAAUCAUCACAAGUGGAACUUCCAGCAUCGCUUCUUUUUCCAGUUGUUUGUGUGAUCCUGACUUGAGACUCGAUCAGACGACAACUCUUGUGAAAAUGUCGACCUGCUCCUUGCAGUGACUGUUUCGUUGAUGUUCUUGUUAUCUCCCCUCUGACUCGACUCCAAACUCACUACGUCCACGCUCGCACUCUCCUGCCACACCCCAUACCCACCCUUCCUUCCUUUUCCACCCAGCAGCUUUGCGACCGCUUGCCGCUGGAAGUCAGACCUAAUCAUGAAUCCAUACGCCUUCCGAGGGUGGCAUCUGCCUUCGGCCUACGCCGACAGCGGCAGCUGCGACCGGAACUACCACAUGUACCCGACGUCGUGGACUUCCACCUACUUUUCUCCGUCCUCCGUCUACCCUUUCCAGGCCGACUCUGCAGCAUCCGCCGUGGCCAAGCAGACGUCCAACGCCAACGAGUGGAAGCUGCAGGGCAUCUGCUCCCCGACUCCAGAGGAAGCGCCAGUCAACGUCCGGGAGAACGGGCUUGUGGGUAAAGGCGGGUAUGAGGGAUUGUUGUACAAGCCCAACGCUGGCCCCGGCGCCAUGUCGGCGCGCUCGGCUGCCGACUUCGAGGGUGCGGCUGCUGCUGCAGCCCGCGAUGAGGUCCAGAAGUCGUGCUGCGCCAUCUCGUGCACGUGCAGUACAGGAGGUCACCAAGGGUCAAGGCUGAACGGCAUGCUGGACACGUCGUGCACUUGGCGCACAGCUGACAUGUCGCCGGCUCUUGAUUUCAAGCAGACGGCCAACAUCUCCCCGUAUCAGACGCUCUGCCAAAGAGAAGUGCAGCAGUCCAUUCACCUGCCAUCCACUUCCAUCGCUCCCACCACAGUCACGCUUCGCAAGCGCCGACGACCGUACUCCAAGUUCCAGAUCGCCGAGCUCGAGCGAGAGUACACUAGCUCCACCUACAUCUCCAAGUCCCGGCGCUGGGAACUAUCGCAGCUCAUCAACCUCUCGGAGCGGCAGAUCAAGAUCUGGUUCCAGAACCGCAGAAUCAAGGCCAAGAAGCUGCAGAAGCGGGAGGAAAUGGCCAGCCCCCAGUCCGCUGGGCUCUCCGGCACCUCCACCGGAAGUCAGGGUGCGCCGGGCGUGGGAGUCGUCUCGCAACAAAACCACGUGACCAUUCAGCAUCACCAGCAGCAGCAACAACAGCAGCAACAGCAGCAACAUUCGAUUCAGCCCGUGGCUGGCACGUGAAGUACGCGAGGGUCCCCUCCCCAGGGGGACUCGCUGGAACUCCAGGGGACUCGCCGGAACUGUUCCACUCCACAGCCUCACAGGAUACCAAAGCAAACACUGUGGUCUAUCUGCUAACACCAUCAUCUCGUGAUGUUCCAAGUCUCUCUGGUCAAAGCUCUAACGCUCAUCUCAUCAAGUUUCCAUCUAGUGUUAGUCGAAGACCGAUGAUCAAGCGGAGGACCGUUUCCUGGAUGCGUGCGCAUCCGAUUCGUUGUGUGUCACCGAGCAAAGCCGUGAUGAGCGUGGCAGAAACUGCUCACCGAGUUUGACUCAAAGGACUCUGCAAAAUUAAGCCAGGACCACCCCCUAAACACACAUACAUACACACACGGAGUUCUCUCCCUUUCCCACCCCAUUUAAACUGUUCUUUAGAGUAUCUCAUGAACAGAUGUACAAAACGGAUGGAAAUUUAUGUAAUAUUCAUCGUGUUCUAUAGAAUGACACACAUUUACAGCUGUGAACCUGGUGAUGUGUCCUCAGCUGCUGAACUCGACAAAGUCAUGUGACAUUCUUCCCAUUUCGAAACGGAUGUGGUGAACUGGUGUUGGACUGUACAGACAACAGGCAUUGUGCAUCUGCUUCUGCUUCCGCAAUCCGGGAGGGCAAACCAAAAUAUGUUUUGUUACUGCAUCGAUUCAUUCUGAUCAUUGAUUGGUUCCUAGUUAGAUGUCUGGCUCAGUCAUGUUAUUUACGGCGUCUAGUGUAGAUGGACUGUGUGAUACGCAAGCUCUUCCUCCCUUGUCUCCUCCCACGCCAUUCCCAUCAUGCUUUCGCUCCUUUGCAUCGCAUCCCCUAAACCCCGAAAUCAGUGAAAAUGGCUGAUCUUGAACUCAGAACAUUCAAAUAGUUUUGUUUAUAAUCUGAGGCAUGAGAGUAUGUAGCAGCCAGGAACCCAGAGACAAAACUUCACAGGUAUAGUGUCUUCUCUUGGUGUCUUUGCUAAGCCAUGCAACUUUCCAGUUCUCGUCAGGUGUAACGAUGGAGCCAAACAAAACUCGCAAAUAAACAGCAACAAACAAACAACAAAACCAGGGCUAGUUCGUGGUGUAUGUUCUGUAUGUCUGAAGACAAGAAUCCACUCUCCGUGACAGUAAGUGUUAUCAUAGCAAUGGUAUUGUUUCCACUCAAAGAAAAGCUCUCUUCACCACUUCUCGCUCCUCGCCCUCCCCCAUUUGCUAACCUAACGUCCUCCCAGCCUAACUAUGUCCAGAACAGGUUGAAGACCCACUGGAUUCGUUUCUGUGGAAAGUUCUUUGCGGGAUUGACACCAUGAUGUUUGCCAUCCCUGUAUCAGUCUAGCGGUUGUACAGAAUUCCGCUUUCUCAUUUCUGUCGAACGCUGUGUCCACCCCAUCCACCCCACCGCACCUCCACACAAAGCCCCCACUGCACAUAGACAUUGAGUUUCAUGUCUCAUGCUGUGCUUUUUCUUUUCUUUUUGAAAUCUUUUAUUUUUUUAUACUUCUUCUAUUGUUUCUUUGAAGAUCUCUCCUGGUAGUUUUCGAAGAAUUUUCGAUUGCAAAGAUUGGAUAAUUAUAGGACGACAACAUUACAGUGAGAAGACAGUUCAAAAUACAACUUUUUUUUUUGCUCCUAGACUCGAAUCCCAUGCUUUUUUUUAUUUUAUUUAAUUUUUUUUUUUUCGUUCAUAAAUGCAUCUGAAAAGUCUGAACAGGCGCUGUACCACGGGGGCAGGGGCCUGACAUAGUAAGCUCAUGUCCAGUCAUCUCACACUUUCAAACAAAGGAUUAAGUUUUAUGCAACACUGUUAUCAUAUGUACAGUUAGAUGUCACUGUCGAGGUAACGGCCCCGAAGAGGACUCGUUAUGUGAUAACAGUCAUCGUCAUGGGGGGUCCUCGUGUCAACGGUUCGUAAGCCGUGGAAAGAAGAAGCCGGCGGUUCAAAUCUCGCGAUGCGAUCUUGUUGUGCUGUCGCAUGCUCUUGAUGUACGUGAUUGAUCUCGGCCUUUUGUUUAUUUGUUAGUCUCUACCUGUAACUUCAGAACCCAGAGUAAACAAACAAACAGUCACUCUGCUGACCCUUUGAUGUCAAUGCGAGUAAGGUUUCGCUUUCUUCGCGAAAGAGGCGAUCAAAUUGUUUUUGAAAAGAAGUAAAUUGACAUUGUACUUUUGAACUGCAUUGGAAUAAUGGAUUUUGUCUGUGAAAAAAAAUUUGUUUUUCUUGUAUACUUCCUGCUCUUCCGAUAAAGUAACAUGUUUCAUAUUUUUGAAUAUGAAUAUUAGAACUGCUAAUUUGACACGCUCCUGAUGUAAUUCAAUCAUUUCCGUUUUUAAAAAAGUUUGAUUAUUUUGAAGUUCAUAGUAUAUUCAAAUGCAACAUGUGAUAUUUCAAAAUGUGAAAUAUAUUUUGAAGUAACAGUCAACAAUGAAGAACUAUGAAGGGACACGCAAGUUGCAUUUUGUUCGUUUUUGAGACAUUACGUAAAAACAGACUACUACAAUAAAAUCUUACACUAGUCUGAAAUUACUUAAAGUAAAAACCAUCUCUUAGUAUAAUAACAUUUUAAUUAAAUUAAGUCAAUACAAUGUACAAUUGCGAAAGAAAACUUAAACAUAAUCUUGUAGUAAUCUUCCGACUAAAACGAAGCUAUAUACAGAUCGAUGAAAAUUAUUCUAAAGUAAUUAAAUUAAUGUUUGUUUGUUUGUUGGUUGGUUAUUCAAGUGUCAUAUCUGUUUAGAAUAAUGUUUUGUUUGUAAAGAAUGUCUUUGUAAUGUCACAACAAGGGGAACAAACAUUGGAAAGACCUUUGCAGCCAAUCAAUCACCAAAGAGAACUGCAGACAUUUUGUUGCUUAUAACGUUCCAAGUCACAUGAUUUGAACUGCGCCGAUUCAGUGAUUGUUGUGAUACAGUUGUCUUUCAUUCUCAGCUACAGUUUUCUCUUCUUUUUUAUCUCCUUCUUCUCUUCUUUCUUUCUUUGUUUCUUUCUUUACUCCUUUCUUUCUUCUCUUUAUAUUAUCCCCCUCUCCUUCGCCCAUCUGCCCCUAUCUCACUGUUUUGUUUAUUUUCAGCAGCUUGUUUUCAGUCGCGCUUUUUGUGAAUGUCCAGAUGAAAUUAAAAUAAAACAGUUCGUAGUUAGUCAGAGGCGACCAUUGCUGACCAGCAUGAUGGCUUCUCACUGUCCAUGUUUGGGGCGAUGCAUCACAUCUCAGUUUUGCUUACUAGCUGCCUAGUCUCAAGGUGGUUUCGCUGCUUUAAAAUAUUGUUUUACAAAUCUUGAAUGGAUGUUUCUGGACAUGCAGCGCCACAACCAAACUGCCAACGCCAUCUACCCAAUAAAAAAAAUGGUGAACGGAAAUGUCAAGAUACGAAUCCUGACCUGUCUGGGUUAGAAACAUGUAUAACGACUUUGAGUAGAGGUAUAACAGAAAGUCGUCGUGAUUUACUGUGUGUACAUGCUCGCCUCCUUCAUUUCGUCAGCAUUGUACAUGUAGUAGUUGGUUGGAUUCUACAGAAUUCGGUAUUUACACGAGUUCUCUACUCAGUUGUUGGGACCUAGAGGACACAGUGCGAGCACGUCACCUUUCAGAAAUAAAUCGUCUUUAAUUAUUA